ACAAAUACAGCUACUUCAACAAUCAGUAGUACACAUAUUAAUACUGUCAUUACUGUACUUCCAUCAUCAAGCAUAUACUCCACAGCUACUGUAACAAUGGAAUCAAUGAAAUGUACUAAAACUAGCUUAACAUCAAGUAACAGUUUAUCAUUGACUAUAGGUACUACAUCAGUGAUGAGUACACCAGUUAGUACAUUACAAAGUACAGACAGUAAUACACUAAUACUAGCAGGAAGUAUUAGUACAGCAGUAUUUAUAUUACUGGUAGUUACUAUACUAGUAAUAUUAAUAGUGAGUGUAUUAGUGUGUAGGAGAAGAUUGCAUAAAACAUCAAAUGGAAAUGAUACUUUCAGUUCUACUGAAAGAAAAGCUGAUAUAAAUCAACAAUCAGAUGUACCAAAUAUGGAAAAUACACUAUUAGCAUCAACUAAUCCUGCUUAUGGAGUUACUGGGGAAAACUGUACUACUGAUAUAUCUGCUAAUCCUGCCUAUGGAGUUACUGAAAAAUCUGGUGUAUCUGCUAAUCCUGCCUAUGGUAUUACUGGAGGAAUAAAAAGUAUCAAUGAAGAAUUAUUAGUGUAUGAUGAACCAAGAACAAUGAUGUAUAAUAAACAAGAGGUAAGUAAUUGUAAACUGAAUGUCUAA